AUGGCCACCUCUCGUCGUCUCCGUGUAGCUUGCGCCGGCCUUGGUCGAAUGGGAAAGCGACAUGCUCUUCACUUUCUCGAGAGCACACCGCGCGCUCAUCUGGUGGCCGCAUUCUCGCCCGACCCCUCUGAGUUGGCCUGGGCCAAAGAACACCUCGAGCCGUUUGGCGUCCGGCUGUACAGCAACUACGAGGAUCUUCUGGGGACAGAGACAAAGCCACUGACAAGCCUUGAUGUUGCCGGUGGCCUUGACGCUAUCGUCGUUGCUACCGCCACCACGGUGCACGCCGAGGAGACCAUUCAGGCCAUUGAAGCUGGCCUGCACGUUCUCUGCGAGAAACCUCUGAGCACAGAUCUAGAUACGGCCAAGCACGUUGUCGACGUCGCCACGAAACACCCCAGUCAGAAGGUGCUCUGCGGCUUCUCGCGCCGAUUUGAUGCAUCGUACCGCGAUGCCAAAGCGAAGAUUGAUGCUGGUGGCGUGGGCAGGCCGGCCAUAUUACGGUCCCAGACGUGCGACAAGCUGGACCCAUCGGGCUUCUUUGUGGCUUACGCCGAGUUCUCGGGUGGCAUCUUUGUCGACUGCAACAUCCACGACAUCGACCUGGCCCUCUGGUUCUUUGGCGAGGACGCCGUGAUCAAGAGCGUGUCAGCCGUGGGAAUCACAGCCGUGCAGCCAGAGCUGGCGAAGCACGGCGAUGUCGACAACGGCGUCGGCGUGGUCGAGUUUUGGGGUGGCCGCAUUGCCUACUUCUACAGCAGCCGCAUGAUGGCCUCGGGCCAGCACGACAUGACCGAGAUCAUCGGCACUGAGGGCAAGAUAACCAUUAACCAGAACCCCAUCAACACACUCGUCGACCUCUGGGAGGCCAGCGGUAUCCGCCGGGAGAUCCCUCCAGACUAUUAUGGCCGCUUCCGCCCAGCCUUUAUCACCGAGGCCAACGAAUUCACCGCUUGCUGCCUCGACAACACUCCUUUGCCCACCAGGCUCCAGUGUGCCGUCUCUGCGCUGGAAAUUGGCUCCCUCCUGCAGGAAAGCCUGCGGUCUGGCAAGAAGAUCUACUUUGACGAGGCCGGUCACAGGCUGGCGGACCAGGUCAGGCUGUAG